UAUGCAAAAAAGGAAUCUGAUCUUAAUGGAACCCAAGUCAAAGUUCAAGAGCUUGAAGCAGCCCUCAAUUCUAAAGAAGCUGCACUGGCCACAGCCCUUGAUGAUAAGAGAAGUCUGGAGUUAGAAACUGAGGAUUUAAAACAUCAAAUUUUAGAGCUUGAAAUUUCUUCAGCUGCUGCCAGGGAACAGCUUGCAAAUGAAACUUUGCUGAAGGUGGAUCUUGAAAACCGUUGUCAGAGUCUCAUGGAGGAGUUGGAAUUCCGUAAAAAUAUGUAUGAGAAGGAAAUCAAUGAAACAAGAAGGAAACAUGAAACUCGCUUAGUUGAGGUUGAUUCUGGGCGUCAAGUUGAAAGUGAGCAUCAACUUACCCAAGCCCUUCGUGGAAUAAGAGAGCAGCAUGAUGCUGAAGUGAAGCUGUACAAAGAAGAGCUUGAACAGACUUACCAUGCCAAAAUUGAGAAUGCUAGACUCUCCUCUGAGAUGAGCAAUACUGCAGCCAACUCGAUGAGAGAAGAACUGAAUGAAAGUCGCAUACGAAUUGGUAAUCUGUCUUCCCAUGUCUCCAGCCUUCAGAAAGAGUCCAGAGCAUGGCAAGAUAGAGUGCAAGAGCUGGAGGACAGCUUGGCCAAGGAACAGGAAAACUGUCACAAAACACUGUCUGAGAAGGAGAAGGAAAUAGCAGAGAUAAGAAAUCAGAUGCAGGAGCAGCUGAGUGACUACGAACAACUUCUGGAUGUUAAAUUGGCACUUGAUAUGGAAAUCUGUGCAUACCGGAAAUUGCUGGAGGGUGAAGAGGAGAGGCUGAAACUUUCUCCAAGCCCAUCUUCGCGAGUGACAGUUUCACGAGCUUCAUCAAGCCGUAAUGUGCGUACAACUAGAGGGAAAAGGAAGAGGAUUGAUGUGGAGGAAUCUGAAGCCAGCAGUAGUGUUAGCAUUUCCCAUUCAGCCUCUGCCACUGGAAAUGUCUCUGUUGAGGAGAUAGAUGUUGAUGGAAAAUUCAUCCGCUUGAAGAACACCUCUGAACAGGAUCAACCUAUGGGAGGUUGGGAGAUGAUUCGAAAAAUAGGAGACACUUCUGCUACUUACAGAUAUAACUCAACAUACUUACUAAAGGCGGGCCAAACUGUUACAAUCUGGGCUGCAAAUGCUGGAGUCACUGCUAGCCCUCCCACUGACCUCAUCUGGAAGAACCAGAAUUCUUGGGGCACUGGUGAAGAUGUGAAAGUUGUGCUGAAAAAUUCUCAGGGAGAGGAGGUUGCUCAGAGAAGCACUGUCUUUAAAACAACUAUACAUGAAAGGGAGGAGGAGGAAGUUGAGGAUGAAGCAGCUGAAGCUGUGGAAGAAGACGACUUUUACCACCAACAGGCAGGCCCAAGGGCAUCUGACAGAAGCUGUGUGAUCAUGUGA